AUGAUCAAGUUAUGGAGUUUACUGCUUUUCAUAGCUAUAAUUUUUGUAAGUCAAAAUGAAAGCGUGCUGCUGUGUCCAACAGCAACGUGGCAAAGAAAUGCUACAACGGUCGCUGGCGAUAGUGCCGGUACAUCAGGUUCUAAUGCAUCAACACUCUACUAUCCAACAGCCGUACGCGUUGAUAAGGAUUCAAACAUAUAUGUGCUCGAUAGUGGCAACUAUCGUGUGCAACGCUUUUCUCCAAAUUCUACCAUUGGAACAACAAUUGUCAACGGUAGUGCAGGCAUAGCAUUCAAUCAGUUUUAUAAUCUGGAUGACAUGAGAAUCGACAAUAGUGGUAAUAUAUACAUACUCGAUAGUGCUAUUGGUCGUGUUACGAAAUGGGCACGAGGAGCGUCGUCUGGAGUGGUAGUAGCUGGCGGAAAUGAUCUUGUGGAAUGUUUUUGGAUUGCUGACACGAGCAACCAUCGUAUAGUGAAAUGGAUUUCACCGACGAGUAGUAUGAUAGUUUGCGGUAGUUUUGGAACUGGUAACAGUCAAUUUUACUAUCCUUAUGGAUUAUUUGUUGAUACAAGUGAUUCAAAUACACUUUAUGUGGCGGAUACAUUUAAUCACCGCAUUCAAAUAUGGUUAGCUGGAGCUACUAGUGGCACCACGGUAGCGGGAUUCACAGGUUAUUAUGGGAAUGGUCUCAAUCAAUUAUGGUACCCAACAUCAGUCACAUUAGAUAAUAAUCGAAAUAUGUUCAUUGUUGACUCAAAUAACAAACGUAUUCUUCAAUGGGCUAUUGGCUUAAGUUCAGGAAUGAUUAUUGCAGGUGACAUAUAUUACCACGUAGCGCCAUAUUGGCUAUACGAUCCCAUGAACAUUGAUUUUGAUUCCAACGGAUCUUUGUUUGUUGCGGACGCAGCAAAUAAUCGGAUUCAGAAGUUCCUUAUAUCUUGUCCACUCACAGAGAAUAUCUCAACAACAGUUUCGCCUGCAACAACAUCUGCACCCGUAUCGAAUAUCAGUUGGUUGCUGAAUGGAACGACUAUUGCUGGAUCAUCGAUCGGUUGGAGUGGAAGUUCAUCAGUAUAUCUUAGUAUACCCACAGAUGUUGCUAUAGAUCGAAACGGUACAGUCUAUGUGUUAGAUUCAUAUAAUGGUCGUGUACAGUGCUUUGAUCCCGGUUCAACAGUCGUAACGACAGUAGUCAGUGGUGGUUAUGGUACAGGAUGGAAUCAGUUUUAUGGCAUGGAUGCUAUGAGCGUUGAUGCGAAUGGUAGCAUUUAUAUUGUUGAUAGUUACAAUAAUCGUGUCAUGCGAUGGUCACCUGGCGCUACCAACGGAACACUUGUCGCUGGAGGNAGUCGUAACGACAGUAGUCAGUGGUGGUUAUGGUACAGGAUGGAAUCAGUUUUAUGGCAGAAUAUAGUGGAUGCUAUGAGCGUUGAUGCGAAUGGUAGCAUUUAUAUUGUUGAUAGUUACAAUAAUCGUGUCAUGCGAUGGUCACCUGGCGCUACCAACGGAACACUUGUCGCUGGAGGCUACGGGAGUGGAAGUAAUGCUAAUCAGUUAAAUCGACCUUCUGGCCUAUUUAUGACAUACAAUUCAUCAAGCAUUUGGAUAGCCGAUACGGUAAAUAGUCGUAUUGUACGAUGGGAUUCUUCAGCGACAGGCACCGUUGUUUGUGGAAGUUAUGGAUCAGGUGCAAGUCAGUUCUAUUAUCCACUGGAUUUGUUCAUUGACACAAGUGAUUCGAAUACAUUGUAUGUUGCUGACACAUACAACCAUCGAAUUCAAAGAUGGCCAUCGGGUGCCACCAGUGGCACAACUGUGGCAGGACAAACAGGCACUUGCAAUAAUGGAUACAAUCAACUAUGCUAUCCAGGAGCAGUUGUUGGAAAUGGGAAUGGUUACAUAUACAUUGCGGACACUUCCAACGAUCGCAUUAUGAGAUGGAUGGUAGGAGCAAGCUAUGGCACUGUUAUCGCUGGUGGCGCAGCAACUGGAGUUUUGUCAAAUCAACUCUUUCGCCCGAGAAAUCUUCUAUUGGACGCAAGCGGAGCUUUAAUCGUUGCCGAUAUGUUUAACAAUCGUGUGCAGAAAUAUUCUCCUGUUUGUGUAUCGUGCACGACCGCUGCAUCAACAGCGUCUACGAAUCAAUCAGUAACAGGUCCAUCGUCAUCAUCAUCAAUUAUUACUCUUGCAACAUCAACUACAAGUGCAGGUUCAUUCGUGGCAUCUGCUAGUUCUGCUACUGCAAGUUCAACAUCGAGAAUGACAACUAGAACAGCAGCAGAUGGAGGUAUUUCUGUUGCUAAUCGACACUCGUUUGCAUGGAUCUUCAUUCUGGUCUAUCCCAUUAUUUGCGUCAUCGGUAACUAG